AUGGAGGCCGACGUCACGCUGCAGCGUAUCAUCGCUGCGGCUAACGUGGAUGUUGAAAUGAAGGAUGCAACUGCUGUGCGGACAGUGUUCGUAGUGCUGGAUACCAAUGUGAUGAUUGAUCACUUGGAUGUAAUCGACCGAUUCAACGACGACAUAAAGACAUUAAAGUGGACGGAUUUGAGAAUCAUUAUCGUAAUUCCUACUGUCCUCCUGAACGAACUAGAUGGACUCAAAAAGGGCAAUCGGGUCUCGUGGUUUGCGAGUAGAGCUUCAUCAUGGAUUCUGGACAAUAUGAAAGAGCGUGAUACCGUCAAGGUGCAAGCAUCGCGGGAAACGUGCCAUCUGCAUGUGUCGGACGCGGCGCGCAAGAAUGAUAUUCAGAUCAAAGACUGCUGUAUGUUCUUUCAACAGCAGGCAGGUGCGCAUGUCGUGCUUGUCAGUGGGGACAGAAAUUUAUGUAUUGACGGUGAAGCGGACCGAAUUUACACGAUUAUGCCGCCUAGGGCCGGCUGGUCGAGCAGGGAGCUAGCCAAAGCAAUAUUUGGACCAGGUGGCGUCGAUUUGACGAUGUUCCGGCCCCAAGACGACACGCCAAGUUAUCGGCCGUCAAAGCAGUUGAAGCACCUGCGGAUAACAGUGGCACCCAUUGGUGUGGAUGACGAUGGAAUGGAUAUCGACGACGACAAUUCGCUUAUGAGGCCCGAUGCCAACGGCCACGAUGACUAUGUUCCGAGCCAUGCGCUGGACUCUCUCCACCUGCAGGCGAUUAUGCAUUUUUCGUUUCUUUUAAAGGAGGUAGCGUUCCGCGUUCGCACGGAGGCGAGGGACGUGGGACCGCUUUCACAAUCAAGCUACGCGCCGGGGUUUCGCCGAAAGAAGUUCGAGAUGUGGACCGCGUGUGAUUGUGUAGACUAUCUGGGGUCGAAGAGGGAGCUGCCGGCGUCGACGCCUCCGCUGGGAGUAUUUCUGCUCCGACGGAGCGAAGACCGGGGCUGGCGGCGGGGACAAGACUGGUCACGGAAAGACUGGGAGAACUGCACGGCGGUGCUGGAAGCCAUUGGGGAGAAGUUUGAUGACGAGCCUGUGUUGAGCUCGGUGAGAUAUUUCAGAGUGGAGACAGAGAGCGUGUUUAAGAGUGCUUUGCGGCCGACGUGA